AUGGUGGCGAUCCAUGGCAUUGGUGGAAUAGGUAAGACUACAAUCGCAAAAGCUGUAUAUAACAAAAUUGUUGAUGGCUUUGAAGGAAGCUCGUUUCUAGAGAAUGUUAAAGAAAGGUCUAGGACAAAUGAUGGCAUAAUACAACUACAGGAGAUACUUCUUUCUAAGCUCUUAGGGAAUGGAAAUUUAAAGGUGGACAACAUAUCUAGAGGAAUCACUUUGAUAAUGGAAAGACUUCGCCAUAAAAGAGUUCUUUUAGUUCUUGAUGAUAUGGAUGAACAGAAGCAAAUAGAAAAUUUUCUUGGAAAAUGUGAUUGGUUAGCUCCGGGAAGUAGAAUCCUUAUAACCACAAGAGAUAAGCAUGUGUUAACCACUCUUGAACAAGAUACUCUAAUCUAUAAGGUUGAUGAAAUGGACCGAUAUGAAGCUUGUGAACUUUUUAGUUUGUAUGCCUUACAAACAAAUGAACCUGAGGAAGCUUACUUGCAACUUUCAAACCAGUUUAUCAAUUAUGCCAAUGGCCUUCCACUAGCUUUAAAAAUAAUAGGUUCUAAUUUGCGUAGAAAAAGUUUAUGUGAAUGGGAAAGUGCAUUAGAGAAGUAUAAAAAGAUUCCCAACAAGAAAAUUAUAGAAAUAUUCAAAAUUAGUUAUGAAGGAUUGGACCAAAGUAAAAAGGAUAUUUUCCUCGAUAUUGCAUUUUUCUUCAACAGGAAACAGAAAGAUUAUGUUGUAAAUAUAUUAGAGGCAUGUCAUUUAUUUCCAAAUUAUGGUAUUCCAAAACUUAUUGACAAGUGUUUGAUAACAAUUGAUUGGUGUGGCAUUUUAUCAAUGCAUAACUUGCUACAACAGAUGGGAGAGGAAAUUGUUCAACAAGAAUCACCACAAGCGCCUGGAAAACGAACUAGGCUACAGGAUUAUGCGGAUGCUUUUACUGUACUAACAGCAAAUACAGUUUUGCCUUUUGAAAAUUUGAAAGGAAUCAAUCUCAGAGGUUGUGAAUCCAUCCAAAAAUUACCUGAGUUGUGGGCUCCAAAUUUGGAGAUAUUAGACCUUUCUGAUUGUACAAAUUUAGUUGAGAUUCAUGAGCCUGCUGGAUUUCUUGAUAAGCCUAAAACUUGGUACCUUACUAAUUGCAAAAAACUUCGAGCUCUUCCUAGAAGACUUAAGUUCAAAUGUCUUGAACACUUUGAUCUCGAGUGCUGUGAAUCUAUUCAAGAAUUACCUAAGUUGUGUGCCCCAAAUUUAAAGACAUUAAUGCUUUUAUCUUGUGGAAAUUUAGUUAAAGUCCAGGAGUCUAUUGGACUUCUUAAUAAACUUGAAUAUUGGUAUCUUGGAGGUUGUGGAAAACUUCAAACUCUUCCAAGAAGACUUUCGUUGAAAUCUCUUGAAAUUUUUGACCUUAGUGGCUGCACAAGCCUUGAAAACUUUCCUGAUAUUGAUUCAGAAAUGAAAUGCUUACAGUGUCUAUAUAUAUCAGGGAGUGGCACUAGAGAAUCACUUUCCUCAAGAUGCACAAGCCUUGAGAGGAACUUUCUAGAUAGCAUCUAUAAAUUCCAAAAUGUUAAUGUUUUAGGUAUUUCUACUAACCUACCAAGACCAAGCUGCAAUUCUUUUGAUGGCUGUGUCAGAUAUUCGUUUCUACAGUUAACAAAGCUUAAUCUCUUCAGUGAAAAUGUAACUGAAUUAGAUUUUUUGGAGUUCGAUUACUUUCCUGCAUUAACACGGCUACAUCUACAAAACACCAGUACUGUUACCAUCCUCGAAAGCCUUAUCAAAUUUACUACAUUAAGUGAACUUGAAAUAUUCGAUUGCAAGCACUUUAAGGAAAUUCAAGGACUUCCACAAUCUUUAACUCAGUUGAAGGCUAGAAAUUGCCCGUCGUGGAAUCCAAAAUCAUCAAACAAAAUAUUGAGUCAGGUUAUUGCUAAAAAAAUUGCUAAAUGGAAGCAAGUGGGAGAAAGUCAAGGCAUUUUAGCAGAUAGAGUACAUGAAGGAGAGAGAAAUCAUCCACUUUACCGCUCGAUUGGUUACUUUCGAGCACCAGGGUGUGAGAUUCCAGAUGAGUUCAACCACCGAAACGAUGGAAACUCCAUUUCAUUCUUGGUUCGUAAUUCCAAAUGCAUUCCUCUUGCUGUUUGUGUUGCCUUUGGACCGACAAAUGAAUCUUAUAAAUUUGUGGUUCAAUUUGUCGUCAAUGGUUGUUUAGAAAUUCAGCAUCGUGGGGUUUACCUCGAAGGAAGUGAAUCUUGUCGUCUGUUGUUUAUUUCUAAUCCUAUGUAUGAAUGGGAGAAGAAGAUGAGGGACUCAAAUCUAUCUAAACAGAGUCAUUUUGAGGUUAUUUGUAGAAUCAAGAUGUACUAUGAGUACUUAUCAAAAAAAGAGAUGGACUAUGUUUUUUCUUAUGAAGAGACAAUGGAUCCUAUAGCUAUCCCAAAAACGUUGGGGGUCCAUGUAGAAUGCAUCUGUUGUCCUCAUAAAUCUUCCAUCCCUGAUUCCCUGCCUUUACUACCUCUGUUCCCCACGUCUUGCAAUGAAGGAGAUUCAAUGCAUGCAAUUGCAAUGGAAACAACAAAUACUAUAGGGUUUGAAUAUGAUUUGAAGGGAUUUCAUGGUGAUUUGAAUAUGUCAUUAUUGGUCCCUAUUGACCCCGAGGUCCACCCUUUAAUACCACUUCCUUAUUCCUCAAAUAUGGAUCAUGAGGCUUUCGAAACUGUAAGUGAUUUGGGGCAUUUGAAACACUUUCGCAAUGAUGGGUAUGAUUUGAGCUUGUCACUAAAUGACUCAGAUGCAAGUGAACGAGAGCCUCCUCAGGUAACUAAUACAUCUAAUGGGUCUAAUUUUGGAUUGGGCCAGAUAGAUUUGGUUGGCUCAACUGUUAGUGGUGGGUUUGAUUUGGGUUCGUCUUCAAUGACCCAUGAAUUUGUGAAUGAUGACUUUGAUUUGUAUCUGUCUCCACCCUCGAAGAAAAAGAGGACAUCUUGA